GUCGGUGGCAUUGACUGGUGUCUAUGGCCAAGGGCAAUCUCGUGUGCCGAUAUUCCCAAAUUCCACAGCUUUGACGAACAUGGAACACAUUGAGCAAAACGAAAAGGCUUUCCAGAAGCAGGACGGUGUCUUCCUUGCCUCGAAGAAGUUCGCCGGCAAGAAGUCGGGCCCGCGCUUCUACAAGUCGAUCGGCCUUGGCUUCAAGACGCCCAAGACCGCCAUCGAGGGUGCCUACGUCGACAAGAAGUGCCCCUUCACGGGCAACGUUUCGAUCCGUGGCCGUAUCCUCAAGGGCGUUGUCCUCUCGACCAAGAUGAAGCGCACGAUCAUCGUCCGCCGUGACUACUUGCACUUCAUCAAGAAGUACAAGCGUUUCGAGAAGCGCCACAAGAACGUGGCCGCCCACGUCUCGCCCGCGUUCCGCGUCAAGGAAGGCGAUGUCGUGACCAUCGGUCAGUGCCGCCCGCUCUCCAAGACGGUCCGCUUCAACGUCGUUGAGGUCGAAGCCGCCUCGGAGACCAAGCCCAUCAACGUCCGCAAGCAGUUCCGCCAGUUCUAAGCGCUCGGCGAAUGCACAUUGUCGAGAGCGAUAACGAGACAACAAUGAAUUUGGGUUGAUCUUUACUCCUCC